GUUCCCUGAGUGAUUUGACCUAAUUAUACGUUUCCGACCGAGAUACUGAGAUACGCAGACGAGUUUCGAUAUUGGCAUUCUGGCACGACAACAAUCUACAGAACGAAGAUGGUAUUUAGUAGGACUUCAGACCGCGGUAAUAAUCCCGCUGCUGGCGCUUCGAUUGCCGCUUCAAUGGAAAACAGCGGUGUUCAUGCGAUGCGCCGCCCUACUACUCGCGGGUUGCAACAAGUGGUCCCUCCUCGGCAAGCUUCUUUGAAUUUCAUGGGACUUUCCAUGUCGAGAUACCGUCAGUCUUCAGCUACGGGUGCCCGUAGUUCCAAUCGAAGACUCAACAGUCAUAACAACCACAACGACUCGCCAGACACCAAUUCUCAGUUUGUCCAUGCAGUGCGGUCGAGGGCUCCGUAUAGGAGGUAUCGAGUGGGAGAGAACAUAUUGAUUACCUGCAAUUCUCACUGGGCUACUUCUUUGGUUAAUCGCCAUGGCUUCCCUCCAGGAGAGGGCACCACGGCAGAGGAGCAGAGCGGCCCUUAUUCCUUCGUCAUGGCCACUGUUCUGACUGUACAUUUCGAUGAGUUUGCCGAGUAUUACACUGUCAAACGAUCUGAUAAUGGAGCCGAGCAGAGAGCCGACACGGCCUUCAUGGAACCCUUCAAGACACAACGAGGGGAACAAGCUGCUCUGCGAGCCGCUACACAAAGCACCAUCAUGUCCCCAGAUGAGGUCGUCCGAGCCUCGGGACCCUUGAACGCAAACAAUAAGAAUCGAAAUGUGUUUAUACGACACCUACAAACAUGUUGCUUGUGCUUAUGCAUGCCACUGCUCUGGCUUUUCGACUGUUUUCUAUAUCUCAUGGGAGAAUACGUCUGUCGAUUUUGUAAUCGAUUCUAUCAGGCCACUAAGCGACAAGCCAAUUUGUGUCUCAACGGAAAACAACCAUGGGUGUGCUCCGUACGAGUCACAUCCAUAAACGUCGUUGUGCUAUGUAGCACUUGGUACAUGUUCAGUGAUCAAGCUCGACUGGCCUUCUUUCCAUCCUCGGCCGAUUAUGCCCUUGCAGUUAUCAAUUUUGUGGUAUGGUGUAUCCUGAUCAUCGAACUACUCUUUGAACUCUUCAUACGACCCGAUGGAUAUCAAGAUCUCAUUAUAUCCGACAAAGCUUACGCUCCGACAACUGUCCGAUACAUCAAUGCCUUUCAUUUGUUGGUGGAAUCAGUAUCUCUCCUUUGCUUCAUUCCUGAAUUCUAUUGCCUCUUCUCGGUGGCCAGCUGUGGCGAGAGGCUCGGUUUUUCUUUCUUCAACGCGGCACUGUUGGGUGUGACGGGACCCUCGAGGGCAGAUUUCUUUUUUGGCAAGGCAUACUUUGCACUCAUUCGAUUCCGUGUGUUUGGGCUAGUUCGACACUGGAAAAAGAUGUGGAUCAACAAUACAUUCAUCAAUAUGAGAUGGAAAGCAGCCCAUGGAUUCUUUUCUGGGUCCUCCUCGAAACAAGUUACCUCGAAUCAGAAAAACAAAAGGGACCAACACAAAAGCAACAAAACAGAGACGUCGGAGGAUGCCAAAAAGAAGGAAUCGGUCUUGACGAAUGCUUCCAAUAUUGGAACAGCUCUAAUGGUGACAAAUUCCUACCGAGUCUUGAUCAUGUUGUGUGCCAUUGUGGGUGUGUUCCCCGUACUUGCGUCCAUCGCUUCAAGUUCGUCAAUCAACAGGAUCACUAAAGAAAUGACCGACCAACUGCAAGCCACCAAUCUGCUAGUGACGGACAACUCGAAUAGCUCGUGCAUGUUCCUGCGAGAUUCCGUCUUGUCUUGGGUCGCGGGGCUUACUCCCAGUGAAGGAAGGCGGCUGGUGUCCACAGACACCAAUGUUUUUCUUUUAUCACUAACGAUUGAACCAAACCACUGUCGUAGAUGGUUGUACCCGCCAGAAGACGACAACAGCAACAACAACGACACGAAUACAACAAUCAGACCGGAGACGACCCCCCCUCGUUUAAAGAACAAUACCCAUGUCCUCAGCGAUGUUUGUGUCUUCAUCAAACGCGAAAACCCCAGCUUGACACAAAAGAUCGAGGACGAAAGUGCGGACAUGGCAGGCAGCAAUGUUGACGAAGAAACAGUAGCUUUCUUGUUGAAGCACUGCAGGACCUGGAAUAAAACAGGAGGGUCGACUUCUGCGGAAGAUAUUUCCAAUAAAGUUGACUUGAGAAUCGGAUCCAUCACUGUCGUCCCAAGCUCGACGGUUUACAAGAACUACACAAUCUACGAAGGGAAUAAUACCUCAUCAGUCGAAAAUACCACCUACAGCGUAACAGCUGUGUUCAAUGAGAGUUACGCAAUCGAGUCGUCUGCCAUGGCGUGCUUUUUGCUGCAAUUCUGCGUCUUGAUAUCUGUUUUAGGAGGGCUGUCAGUGUUGAGACGAGACGCUGAGGUGCUAGUCCUGGGCCCUCUGCGUCGCAUGUUAAAGAUUGUUGCUGGGUAUGCGAAGAAUCCACUUAUUCAACCCAAAAUACAUAGGCGCGGGGUAUCUCGCAACGCCCAGGGCAAGGCAAUGCCCGACCACUCUGAUGCAACCUUGUCAGAUAGCGACGAUUCGAUGGAUGGUACUGAAUUUCUCGGAAACGAUUUAGGAAACUACGAAACAGAGCAGCUGAUCAAUGCAGUUUCAAAGAUUACGGAUUUACUUCGAAAGUGCUGGGGUGUUGCAGGUGCAGAUAUCAUUUCCACCAAUCUUGCUACUCGCGAGGGAGCUCUUACGGAAGUUUUUAACCCGACCGUUCCAGGAAAGAGCGUCUAUGCGUUGUUUGGAUUCGCUGCCAUUAAGGGGUUUGAUCACGCAUUGAAGAAUCUGGGAGGCGAUGUCAUGGUGUUGAUCAAUGAUGUAGCAAAAGUUCUCCAUGAUGAAGUGUAUCGAUGGGGAUUUGGGAACUCUGGCCAGUGCAAUAAGAAUCUCGGUGCAGCCUUCUUGAUGGUUUUUCGAAUUGGAUUGGUGAAAGAAGUCAUUGAAAAGCUUGAGCAGGCGACCGAUGUGAUUUUCUCGACUCACACGAAACACCGCACAACUUCCCAAGCUAAGCAAAAAGCGAGAAUUCGCAAGGCUGUGACAACCAGCACGACGACUCCCAAGAGUGUAGCCAUUGCGAAGGCAACUGCAGCGAAACUCAAGGGGAAAGUGAACAAGAGGAAAGAGGAUGCAUCAGUGAAUGCUAUGAGUGUGUCACUCCAGUCACUUCCUGGCAUUUCAACAUUUACUGACUGUGCUGUGAUUGGAAUGCUGAAGAGCUACGCCAGUAUUCACAGAGACAAGAAGCUUCUUACCUGGAAUGACGAUUUUCGUUUGGGUGCUGGAGUCGGGGCUUUCACCGUUAGUCUUAUCUAUGGUAUGGAUGCCGGUUGGGCUGUCGAGGGAGCCGUUGGUAGCGAAUACAAAAUUGAUGCAACCUAUCUUUCGCCGCAUGUCAAUAUGGCUUCUCGAAUGAUGAGUGCCUGCAAGCAGUAUGGUGUGAGCAUUCUGCUGAGUCAAGCAGUGCAAGAGCUUAUGUCUGACGCCGCAAGAUCAAAACUGAGGCAUCUGGAUACGGUCACGGUGAAGGGAAGCAGUGUGAAGCAAAGAAUCUACACAUACGAUGCCCGGAACCGAGGCGUGGAUUUUUUCUUGUUCAGCCGAACUGAUGACCAGGCUGAUUUCGAGGCAGAUCGGUACUCACCGAAUAUGUGGAACGUGGAUCAGGAUCUGAAGGCCAUGAGACAACACCUUGAAGACGACUUUCUGGACGAAUUCAAGGCCGGACGUAAGGCAUACCUGCAAGGUGACUGGCCUCUGGCGGUGGAAAAAUUGAACAUAGCAAACGAGAUCAUGUUGGAAACUGCUGUCGAGGCAGGGUACCUUGUGGACCCCUCCACGGAUGCUGUCCCCCACGAAGAGGAACUCGCCGAGCACGGAGAUGGCCCAACCCUAUUCUUGCUCAACUACAUCAAGUCAAAGGGCGGAGUUGCACCAGACGACUGGGAAGGUUGGCACCCACUCACUAGCAAGUAG